AUGUUAGCUGUCGCAUCACUUAAACGUUCAUUAGAAUUCGAUCCUGUUGAACAAGGUGUAAAAAGAAAACGAGCCGAAAUGAAAUUAUCACCACCAUCAUCACCCAUAUCAUCAACAACAACAACAACAACAUUUACAACGAAUUCUAAUCCAUUAUCUCCAUCAAAACAACAACAAUCUAUAUUUAAUUCAUCACCAAAUAAAAAUCAAUCAUUAGUAUUUAAAAAGCCCUGUUCGCUUACUGCUUUAACAUCAUCAUCAUCAUCAACAACAGAAGAUAUUCCAAUGUUUACAUAUACACAAGCUGCUCAAAUGUGUGCUCGUCUUUUACGUGAACAAGAUCGAUCAAUACGCGAACAGUAUGAACAAAUUCUAUCAACUAAACUUACAGAACAAUAUGAUACAUUUGUAAGAUAUACACAUGAUAGUGUUCAUAAAGAUCAAUCAAAACAACAUCGACUUUUUCAUUUUGGUCAACAACAAGAAUCAAAUAAUAAUCAUAAUAAUAAUACAUCAACCGUUGCCUUUUCAUAUGUUUCAUAA